AUGAUUCAUGCCGACCCGACUACGUUGGGUAAAAAGCAAGAUCUUCACCUCCAGGUGGCUGCCAAAUUAGCGAAAAUGCAUAUCCCCGAUAAGUUCUACGAAGAAAUCUACCAACGGGGAAGCCAUAAGUUCUUAUCGGGGGCAGAGCAUGCCAGACAGGCUGCGAUAAACGAAGAAGCGAUUAUCCAACUUGAAAGCAUUGCGUAUCGGUCCCGAUCACCCAUCGAAAUCGAUCGGCAAAGACGUAAUCGUAUUCCGUAUCUUGAACGCAAGCAGCUGCGCCAGUAUCCUGGACUGUGUGGGUGUUUGGACAAGACGGACGAAGAAGAAUUUGUGAGAUUGGACGAGGAGAUCAAGGCUCUAGAACAUGCGAGUCAACAACAACAGGCUAGCUCGACUCCAGCUUUUUACAUACACCCCAGGAUCGACUCAGAGUUUAUCGGCCCAAGAUGGUUGACGAUCCUGGCUUCAUCACUGGUUGGUGGUAAUUGUGGAAAUACUACCGCCGCUGAUGCGAUGCAACUAUGCUAUGCUCUCGCAGACGGCGAAUUCGAACAUUUAGGGGCAGUUGAAUGGGGGGACGUCCCGAGUACCUUGCGGCGUUGGCUCCAGGAACAAGACGGACUGCAAUCUGAUGGAGUUCCAAUAGCCUCGGUACGUGAUCUCUUGAGAGUCCAUGGUCUGAUUUUUAAGAGACCAGCAAUCCGGGAAGAGGAUCUGAAGGCUAGCAUCAUGAAGAUCUUUGUCGCGGUGGCAAGGCGCUAUUACCAUCUGCUCGCGUAUGCAGCCCGUGAUAGUAGCUUUGACCACUUGAUCAUCCGAGGAACGGAGCCUCUGGCCCUGAAGUGUUCCAACUGUCAAUUGCGCUUACUUGAUGACCCAUUUCCGAGAUUCAAGAAGUCUGACAAGAACCGCUACGUCGGACACCAUCUGAAACGGGGAUGCGGGUCUGAGGCCAGCCAACAAGUUCGAAAGCCAGGCUUUGCAGUUCCUUGUAAUAGUCAGUUUACAUGGGCAGCGCGGAAGACUGUAGUGUCGGAACGACCCCCGAUGAAAGCGGAUUGA